CUCCCCUCCAUCCUUAAGGGGAAAACUGCCGGGCCCGCUGCCGCUCUCGCUGCUUCCUCCUUGAGUCAUAAUCCAGAGCACUGGGCCGCCCUCCGCUCCUGUGGGCUGGACCCAUCCUCUCAGGCACGAACACGCUCCUGCUCUUCGGCUGCUUGAUGCCAGAUACUCGUUUUCUUUGUCCCGAAAUGAAUAUUUCUUUUUCACUGUAUGCGGACUCCCCUUGCUUGAGAUUUACCUGGUAUUACUCCAUCCAGAAUUCAGUAACGCUGCCUACACAACAUGCAAGCCUACCAAGUGUUCAUUGUUAAGAUGCCUUUGCUAUAUACCGCAAGACGACAUGGGAUUCAAGUCAGACUCUGAUUUAAAAUAGGCUUCCCUCCAUCUCCUAGGAGUAGCCAUUUAAUAUUUUUGCCUUGUGUGAUUUUUUUUAUAUCCCAGCAUGUUAUGAUCUAUUGCAUCCAAUAUAUCAACACAGUGCUCUGUUUCUAGGAUAUGACCUAUUCUCCACUAAGAUCCUCCUACUUCCUUUGAGUGCGUCUCAGUAGCGUGAAUUCAGUCAUUUUUGUGUUCUGAUAUUAAUAUGUGACAUUAAGAAAUGAGGUGAGUUUGUUUCCAAAGCAUCAUAAGAGAUUGUGGGAUGUUUUUAUUGCAAGAGGAAAAACAAGCUUGAAGCAGUGUGUCCUUUUGUGUGUGACAACUUUGACUGCAACGGUUGUUUCAGACUGGUCUUGUUUGGAUUGAAUGGUUAGUGGUUUUACUUGGAAGUAUUUGCCCCUAAAAGAGACAUCCUAGUUAGGUAAGUUAAACUGUUUUAACACCCAGGAACAAUAUUUGCUAGACAAGCUAUGUUACAAUUUGCUUAUCAUACUCUUCAGAAACAAAACAGCAAAAAGGAAAAAUGCUUUUUAUAACAAGCGUUUUGGAGAGCAGACCACUAUAAGAUAAUAAUUUUGUAGGGGUGUGGAGGGGAAGGAAGGCAGGCAUCUUUGAAGGGGAAGGGCUAGUAGGGCCAGAUGUGUUUCACUUCCCAGUGUUGAGUUUUUGGAUCCAUUUCUUAUAUGUCAUCUGACUUGUUUCUGCUCCCUCCUCUAGACCAUUACCGCUCAUUUCUUUUCAUAAAUUUGUGCAAUCUAGAGAGGAAGGUCCACUAGGUCCUUUCAUAACCAUUCCCUCCUUAAUCCCCCUCUCCCGUCCAUUCAGGAUUGGUCCCUGUUAUGCACUUACUAAUGUUUUAUCCAAUCUAAUUUUAAAUUCCCAAAUUAAAACUAAAGUGAGUUUCAAUGGUGUCCAGUCAUCACCCUCUCAAAAUUUCAUAGAUUUUUAAAUCCAGAAAGGGUACAUUGUAAUGAUCUAGUCUCUCCGUAGAAUUUCAUUCUGUAAUUCAUGCAUAAAGCACAAUAACUUGUGGUUAGACUAGAGAGUGUCUUUCAGAAAGAUAUCCUGUCUUGAUUUAAAGACUUCAAGUGAUGGAGAAUUCACCACAUUGCUUGAUUGUAGCUAAGAAGUGAGCAGGAUGCCCCCGGGCAUCUAUUGCCCUGUUGAAUUCUGGUCCAAGGAGGAAAACCAAACCAUCCAGGUGGACUUCCUGCUGCCUACAGGCAUAUACCUGAAUCUCUCUGUAUCCUGCAAUGCCAGCUUGGGCACCAUCAAACAGGUGGUCUGGCGUCACGCACAGUAUGAGCCGUUGUAUCACAUGCUCAAUGACCCCGAAGCGUACGUCUUCACGUGUAUCAACCAGACAGCCGAGCAGCAGGAGCUGGAGGAUGAGCAGCGGCGCCUCUGCGACAUCCAGCCCUUCCUGCCUGUCCUUCGGCUGGUGGCUCGUGAAGGUGACCGUGUCAAGAAGCUGAUUAACUCCCAGAUCAGCCUGCUUAUUGGGAAAGGUUUGCAUGAGUUUGACUCGGUGCGCGACCCGGAGGUGAACGACUUCCGUGCAAAAAUGCGACAGUUCUGUGAAGAGAAGGCGGUGAAGCGGCAGCAGCUGAGCUGGAUGACCUGGAUGGAGUACAACUUUCCCUUGCAACUGGAGCCGUUGGCCAAAGGUCCCAGGACCGGCCCCCUUCGCGUCCCCAACAAGAACAUCUUCGUCAACGUCAAGUUUGAGUCUGGCGGGGAGAGCUUCACCUUCCAAGUCUCCCCCAAGGAAUUCCCUGCCACGUUAAUGAGCUGUGCCAUCAAGAAGCAAGCUACCGUCUUCCGCCACCAGACAGUGGAGAGCCCUGAGGAUUAUACUCUGCAGGUGAAAGGGAAAUGUGAAUAUCUCUACGGGAACUACCCCCUGUACCAGUUCCAGUACAUCCGCAGCUGCCUGCACCAUGGUCUGUUGCCCCACCUGACGAUGGUACACUUCUCCUCCAUCAUUGCUAUGCGAGACGAGCAGACCAACUGCACCGCCCACACCCCGAAGAUGGUUUCCAAGCCUCCCCCGCUCCCCAAGAAAAAGCCAACUCACGAGUCUCUCUGGUCCCUUAAUCAGCCUUUUUACAUUGAACUGGUGCAAGGCAGUAAGGUGAAUGCAGAUGAGAGGAUGAAGUUGGUGGUGCAGGCAGGUCUUUACCAUGGCAACGAGAUGCUCUGCAAGAUGGUGUCGAGCGCCGAGGUGAAUGUGUGUUCGGAGCCAGUGUGGAAACAGAGGCUGGAUUUUGACAUUAGCAUCUGCGACUUGCCCCGCAUGGCGCGGCUCUGCUUCGCCCUCUACGCUGUCAUCGAGAAGGCCAAGAAGGCGCGAUCCACCAAGAAAAAAUCCAAGAAAGCUGACUGUCCAAUAGCCUGGGUGAAUGUCAUGCUCUUUGACUACAAGGACCAGCUGAAAACAGGAGAGUGCUGCCUGCCCAUGUGGUCAUCAUUUCCAGAUGAGAAAGGGGAGCUGCUGAACCCCAUGGGCACAGUCCAGAGCAACCCCAACACGGAGAGCGCAGCAGCCCUGGUCAUCUGCUUCCCCAGCGUCACACCCCAUCCUGUGUAUUACCCAUCCUUUGAACAGCUGUUGGAGUUGGGGAGGAACGGAGAGUACACCCGCGCCGCACCAGAGGAUCCAGAGGAGAAGCAGCAGCUGAGGGAGAUCCUGGAGCGGAGGAGCCACACCGAACUCUAUGAGCAUGAGAAGGACCUGGUGUGGAAGAUGAGGUACGAGAUCCGGGACCAGUACCCAGAGGCCUUGGCAAAGCUCCUCAUCAUCACCAAGUGGAACAAACAUGAGGAUGUUGCCCAGAUGAUCUCCCUGCUCCAGUCCUGGCCGGAGCUGCCUGUCCUGAAUGCCCUGGAGCUGCUGGAUUUUAGCUUCCCUGAUCGCUAUGUUGGUUCCUUCACGAUCAACUCGUUAAAAAAGCUGACAGAUGACGAAUUGUUCCAGUAUCUGCUGCAGCUCGUCCAGGUGCUCAAGUAUGAAUCCUACUUAGACUGUGAAUUAACCAAGUUCCUAUUGGACAGAGCUUUAGCCAAUCGCAAAAUAGGACACUUUCUGUUUUGGCAUCUCAGGUCAGAGAUGCACGUCCCUGCAGUCGCCCUCAGGUUUGGCCUGAUUUUGGAGGCCUAUUGCAGAGGCAGCAACUACCAUAUGAAAGUUCUAAUGAAGCAGGGGGAAGCACUUAAUAAAAUGAAAGCCUUGAAUGACUUCAUUAAAGUGAGCUCUCAGAAGGCCACCAAACCACAAGCCAAGGAGAUGAUGCAUGUGUGCAUGAAGCAGGAGACCUAUCUCGAGGCACUAUCCAAUCUCCAGUGCCCCCUGAACCCCACCAUUAUUCUUGCUGAAGUUUGUGUGGAUCAGUGCACUUUUAUGGACUCCAAGAUGAAGCCGUUGUGGAUUGUGUUUAAUAAUGAAGAAGAAGGUGGAAGGGGAGUGGGCAUCAUUUUCAAAAAUGGAGACGAUCUCCGUCAGGACAUGCUGACUCUGCAGAUGAUCCAGCUGAUGGACGUACUGUGGAAGCAGGAGGGUUUGGACCUGAGGAUGACCCCUUACGGCUGCCUCUCCACAGGCGACAAGACGGGGCUGAUCGAAGUCGUCAUGCACUCGGACACCAUUGCCAACAUCCAGUUGAACAAGAGCAACAUGGCAGCCACUGCAGCUUUCAACAAGGAUGCGCUGCUGAACUGGCUAAAAUCCAAGAACCCAGGUGAAGCACUAGAACAAGCCAUAGAGGAGUUCACUCUUUCCUGCGCUGGGUACUGUGUGGCAACGUACGUGCUGGGCAUAGGGGACCGGCACAGCGACAACAUCAUGAUCCGGGAAACUGGCCAGCUGUUUCAUAUUGAUUUUGGCCACUUCUUGGGGAACUUCAAGACCAAAUUUGGUAUUAACAGAGAACGGGUUCCUUUUAUCUUAACCUAUGACUUUGUGCAUGUGAUCCAGCAAGGGAAAACUAACAACAGUGAGAAGUUUGAAAGAUUCCGGGAUUACUGUGAAAGAGCCUACAUGAUCCUGAGGUGCCAUGGUCUUCUCUUCCUGCAUUUGUUUGCACUGAUGAAAGCUGCUGGCCUACCAGAACUCAGUUGCUCUAAAGACAUUCAGUAUCUCAAGGAUUCUCUAGCUUUAGGAAAAACAGAUGAGGAGGCAUUGAAGCACUUCAGACUAAAAUUUAAUGAAGCCCUUCGAGAGAGCUGGAAAACCAAAGUGAACUGGUUGGCACACAAUGUAUCCAAAGAUAAUAGACAGUAAUUAGCCUGUGCGUGGUCCAGGUGCUCUAGGAGAAUGUAAUAGCAGUGGCCAUGAGCCAGUUGUAUGAAGACUGCUGAAUGUUGCCAUGGUGAAGAUCAGCACCUGCACCUCAAGUUUUUGAGAAGAGUUUACAUCAUCCCAUUCUAGAUCUCUAGGGCAGAAGGGGGACAGCAAGAGGCACUAAGAUUAAUGUAUACACUGAAAGGUAGGUGUAUGUGAAGCUUGCAACUGUAAGUUCUUAAGUAGCACAACUGCCUCACCUCUACCCUUAAAUGAUGGACAGCAUACUUAAGUACAUUCCUCACCCACUGCUCAGUUUUAGGGAUGUGGAGCUGUGCUCAGAGAGGCUGUAAUUUGGCCAGUGAGAUAUCAACUUUUUAAAGCCAGACUAGAUUAGCACUAGCAGUGAACAAUGGAGCAAAAUAGCAUGUUGGUGCAUCUAAUAACUUCAGUCCCUCUCUACGUACUCACAGUUAGAAGGUGCUGCCGGGCAAUACUUUUUCUAAUUGAGGAUUUCACCAGCUUACCCCUACCCUUUCAGUGAUGUAUUUUAAUAAAGCAUCACAAGAUGGUAUACUGGUUUUGAGACAGUCGGAAGAUAAUGCUACCAAGCUCUAAUAUAUAACUACAGGAACUCCUCACUUAACGUUGUAGUUACCAUUUUGCUUAAAGUUGCAUUUUUCAGAAACAUGUUAAGCAAAUCCAAUUUCCCCAUAAGAAUUAAUGUAAAUGAGGGGGUUAAGU